CCACGUUCCUGAUCCCUUACGUCAUCAUGUUGGUGGUGGCUGGUCUGCCGUUAUUCUUCCUGGAGCUAGCCGUCGGUCAGUUCGCCUCCGAGGGGCCGAUCACGGUGUGGAAGGUCAGCCCUGCGUUCCAUGGCAUCGGGGUUGCUAUGGUGACCAUCAGCGGCAUGGUCUGUAUCUACUACAACGUCGUCAUAAUGUACGCCAUCUACUACAUGUUCGUCAGCUUCGUCAGCCUGGAUGGUUCAGUUCCCUGGGGAUCCUGUGACAAUCCCUGGAACACCAACUCCUGCAGGACGAGUUAUCCGCCCCUAGAUCUGAUGAAUGAAACUUCCAAGAUGGACAUACUUUUCUCCGAGCUGUACAACAAAGACUGUGUAGUGUCUCUACUUGAUCGCAUCUCCAUCAGUUUCAACAACACCUUGACCGACUUCUCGCAACUCAAUUCAUCCAUGAUCGUACAUGAUGCUACAAAGGAAUGCCGCACACGGUUCACCUCGCCUAGUGCCGAGUAUUGGGAGCGGCAUGUGCUCCGUCUUCACGAAGCUGAUGGCUUUGAAGACAUGGGAAGCAUCAGCCUGAAAAACGCUGCUAGUCUCGUGGUUGCCUGGAUCAUAGUCUUCGCUUGUAUCAUGAAAGGAAUCAAGUCCUCUGGAAAGGUCGUGUACUUCACCGCCACCUUCCCCUACAUCAUCCUGGUGGUCCUGCUGGUCCGAGGCCUGACUCUAGAGGGAUUCGAGAAGGGCAUUACAUUCUACAUGACUCCACAGGUCCACAGGCUGACUGAGGCCAAGGUAUGGGGAGACGCAGCCACACAGAUCUUUUUCUCUUUGGGUGCUGGAUUCGGGUGUCUGUUGACCAUGUCCAGUUACAACAAGUUUAAGAACAACUGUGAACGGGAUGCUCUCAUCGUCGCCAUUAUCAAUUGUUGCACCAGUGUGUUCGCGGGCUUCGCCAUCUUCUCCCUCCUGGGUUCCAUGGCCCACACCACCAACAAGGAUGUGGAGAGUGUGGUCGACCAAGGACCGGGUCUAGCUUUCAUUGCCUACCCAGAAGGCAUUGCGCAACUUCCGAUGUCACCACUGUGGGCCUUCCUGUUCUUCUUCAUGCUGUUAAACAUUGGCCUCGACACUCAGUUCGUCAUGAUGGAGACAUUGAUCAGCGGCAUUAGUGACAUCUUCCCACGUUUCCUGAGGACACACAAGGCUCCGUUCGCUGCAUUCUGUUGUUUUGUUGGAUUUCUACUCGGUCUGCCCCAAGUUACAAAGGGUGGUAUCUACAUGCUGACACUGAUGGACUGGUACAGUGGCAGCUACAGCGUCAUGCUGCUGGCUCUGGCGGAGAUCAUCUGCCUCAUGUAUGUCUACCCUUUGGUUGGCUGGUUCUGGCCUCGGGAUGGGAAUAGGAAAAGUCUCCUCCCGUUCAUGGAGGACAUCGAGAUGAUGAUUGGCCACAAGCCCAACCCCUACUGGGUCAUCAACUGGGUCUUCCUGACUCCUGUCGUCAUCGUCUUCAUCGUGAUAGUGUCAGCCUCUCAGUACACACCGGCCUCCUAUGGUGACUACAUGUUCCCGCCGUGGGCUGAGGCGAUUGGCUGGUGCAUGGUUGUCGCCCCUGUUGCUAUGAUACUCCUCGUCAUGGCUGUACAAGUCUGCAGAUUGGGAAUGUUGAAAGCCUUCAGCCCAACACAGGGCUGGGGACCUGCACUUCCGGAACAUCAAACGGGGAAAUACGCCAGGAAGGCCGAUGGAACUGUGAAGGAUUCAGACAUGCCCAAAGUCAUUAGUGUUAAGAGGACUGGGAGCGCCACCUACAGUACCGGUGUAGAAAACAAGGCAUUCUUCACCAACAUAUCCUAGCCUUACAUUGUUGCAGUAGAUGUCAUAAAUUUGUUUUACAACAAAUAAUAUGUUGGUUUGUUUGGUUUUUUGGGGGUAUUUUUUUCUUUAAAUAAAUCAUUGGGAAUUGGUUAUUCCUUCUCCGUAUUUCAUCAAAUGAGCAUUCAGUCUGCAUCCAUGUGAUAUAUUUCGUUUAAGAGCAUCUGUGUACAGUGAGUUCAAUUAAAACAUGCUUAUGCAGACUAAAUCAACAGCUAAGUAAAAAUUGUGUGUCAUAUGAUUCAUACCAUGUUUUAUGCUGUUAUUUGUUGUUAUUUCAAAUUGGAACAAUAAGUUAACCUUGAAAUCUGUACACAAGAAUUCAUUGUGAAAUCACCUAUUAAAUGAUAAAAUGAA